CCUCCCUUCUCCCGUUGCUGGUGCUGCUCAUGGGAAGCCGCUGCUAAGCUGCAAAAGUCGGUCAAAGGAGGCGGCGGAAAGCGCCUGGCUACUCCGUCCUUCUGCCCUCGUACGGAGCUGUUGUCUUCUGCGGUGGGCGCUCUAGGAAACUUUAGGACGCUGCUCCCGUUGCAAAGCUGCCCCGCCUUUUUGACUUGACCGGAGUGAAGCGCCCUAGACCUUCCGUGGGCCCCCUCCUAUAUGCUUGUGGAACGAGGCUCACCCCCUUUUUGUUUUUGUUUCCAAGGGGAAGGAAAGGCUCUUAUGGGGAACAAAAAGACAAGUGGAGUGGAGCUAUUUCCUGGGCAGCCUUGUUCUUGAGAUAGUAGGAGAGUUUCAGUUUUUUAAGAAAGUGUACUUAAGGUCAUUUCCAGCCUGGCUGUGUGCGUGUUUAUUCGGGAGUCACUCAAUGGGAGUCGCUCCCUAGCAAGCCUGCAUAGGAGGAGUGCAGCCUUAAUGCAGAUUGACUGCAAUUCAGCGGCUUUUACAUUGCAAUCCUGUACAUGUCUACCCAGCAGUCUGCCCCAUUGAGUUCAUUGGAACUUACUCUCAGAUCCUUGUUGAAUAUCUAGAAGAUGCAAAGCCCCAAAGACUGUGGAUUGAAAAACCCUGGCUGCGUGGCAAAACUCAAGAGCUGGCUAGUUGAAGCAAGACAAGAACAAUCUAAAUAGUUCUUGGCUAAUUGGGAUGGGAGGAGGGAGGUCAAUCCAAGACUUUAGGACUGAUACUGAGCAUUAAGCUGCGGUUGUGGGUCUUGGCAUAAAUACCCAGGACUAGUAAAUGCCUGGGAUGCUGGUGUGGCCUUUGAGUUAGGCAGUACCUUCCAUCAAGAAGAGACGGAGUUGAUGAGGCAACUUCCUCAGCUAUGGGGACUGCUUCAUCCUUGGUAAACCCAUUAGGCACUGUUGGAGAGGUAAUUGAAGACACGUAUGAGGGAGGUGGUGGCGAAGCCUGUGAGAUCCCCGUGGAGGUGAAACCCAAAGCCCGCCUUCUGCGCAGCUCCUUCCGCCGUGUAGGUACGUCACGGCCUGGAGGCCUGAUUGGUGCCAGCUUCAAAUCCACUGCUUCGGUACAAGAGCUGGAGUGUAUGGCAGAGUAUGAGCGUCUGAAAAAAGAAUAUGAGAUAUUCCGCAUCAGCAAGAACAAUGAGGUGGCCUCUAUGAUGAAGAAAGAGACCAAGCUGGACAAAGAAAACAAGCGCCUGCGGGCAGAGUUGCAGGCACUUCAGAAAACAUAUCAAAAGAUACUCCGAGAGAAAGAAAGUGCUUUAGAGGCCAAAUAUCAAGCUAUGGAGAGAGCGGCUACAUUUGAACAUGACCGGGACAAAGUCAAGAGGCAGUUCAAGAUUUUUAGAGAAACUAAGGAAAAUGAAAUUCAGGAUUUACUGAGGGCUAAGAGGGAGCUGGAGGCAAAACUGCAAAGGCUACAGGCUCAAGGCAUCCAAGUAUUUGAUCCUGAAGAGUCAGAUUCAGAUGAUAGCUGUACUGAAGUUACUGCUGCUGGAGCUCAGACUGAAUAUUGGACUGGUGGAGCCUUGGGGAGCGAGCCAUCCAUGGGCAGCAUGAUACAGCUUCAACAGUCCUUUCGAGGUCCAGAGUUUGCACACAGCUCCAUAGAUGUGGAAGGGCCAUUUGCAAAUGUCAACAGAGAUGAUUGGGAUGCAGCUGUUGCCAGUUUGUUGCAGGUCACUCCCUUGUUUUCCCACUCUCUAUGGAGUAAUACAGUAAGGGUGUAUCUUAUCAAUACAGAGGAGACUCAGCUAGAAGUGGACAUCUUCAUACAGAAAUACUCCCCAAGACUUCAGAAAUAUUGUGAAACAAUGGAAUACUUCUUCCAAGUAAUCCGUUUUCCAGUAGAAACGGAAAGUUCUUUCCAGGCUGUGAGAAAAUGGGAAAUUGAGAAAAGCUCUUUAGCCAUUUUGUUCCUGCAUCAAAAUUUGCCAAGCUGCCUGCUGGACGAGUGUGAAGAAGCCUUUUUGAAAAACCCUGAAGGGAAGCCCCGGCUUAUUUACCAUCGACUGGAAGAUGGACAAGUCAGGUCGGAUUCUGUGCAGCAAUUAGUUGAGCAAGUUCGUUAUGUGAAUAAAACAAAGAUCAUCAGCCAUAUGGGAGGACUAGAGGAAGGAGCACAUGAAGUCUAUAAUUAUGUGGAAAAGAUCAUAAAACAGGAUAUAUUGGGCUGUGAAAUCACACAACUGGAGAGGAAAGAUGUAACAGAUAAUGGUGAGCCCUCCAUUCCUGAAGAGGACAUUUUUGGAGAUGUGCUGUGGGAUGCACAUGAUGAACAAGAACAGAUGGAGGCUUUUCAGCAGGCAUCCAAUUCAACAUGUGAGCUAGGAUUUGAGAAAUAUUAUGAACGUCUAAAUGACUUGGUGGCAGCCCCAGCACCAAUUCCGCCCCUUCUUGUAUCUGGAGGACCAGGCUCUGGGAAAUCUCUCCUUUUGUCAAAAUGGAUUCAGUUGCAACAGAAACAUUCAUCGAAUACACUCAUACUGUAUCAUUUUGUUGGGAAGCCUUUGUCUAGCAGUUCAGAGCCUGCACUGAUCCUCAAACGUCUCACCUUAAAGCUAAUGCAGCAUUCCUGGUCAGUCUCGCCUUUGACAUUGGAUCCAGCUAAACUAUUAGAAGAAUUUCCUCGUUGGCUGGAGAAACUUUCUCCUCAUCACCAAGGCGGUAUAAUAAUAAUAAUUGACUCUAUUGAUCGAAUCCAGCAAGCUGAAAAGCAUAUGAAGUGGCUGAUCGAUCCCCUGCCAGUGAAUGUAAGGGUUGUGGUAUCUGUGAACGUUGAAACUUGUCCACAAGCAUGGAGAUUGUGGCCGACCCUUCAUCUUGAUCCCUUAAACGCUCAGGAUGUGAAAUCUCUCAUUCAUGAAGAAUGCAGCUGUGCAGACCUGAAGCUAACAAAAGAACAGGAGAAGAAGCUUGAGAAACACGGUCAUUCUGCUACAACUUGCAAUCCCCUGUAUGUCACACUCUUGGGCAGAAUGAUAGCUGGUGCUAGAAGUGCAGAAAAUAUUGACAUAAUCCUUCAGAAAUGUUUCCAGUGCCAAGACACAGUGUCGUUGUACAAGCUAGUUCUGAGAUCAGUUGAAGAAUCCUUGAGAAGUGAUAAAGACAAAAGCCUAAUGAAAGAGAUGCUUUGCCUCAUCAGUGUGAGUCACAAUGGAGUGAGUGAAUCAGAGCUGAUGGAACUGUGUCCUGAACUGUCUUGGGAAGUGCUGGCCUCUUUAGUUUACAGUUUACACAAGAUGUGCUUUCUGACAUAUGGCUGUGGCUUGUUAAAGUUUCAACACCUUCAGGCUUGGGAAACAGUGAAGCUGGAAUACAUAGAAGAGGGUCAGAAUGUUUUCGCUACUUCCAGGGAAAAACUGAUAGACUACUUCACCAUGCAGCUAAGUGAAGAGAGGGUGAGUUGGCGGAGUGCAGAUGAGCUUCCAUGGUUGUUCCAGCAGCAAGGUGACAAACAAAAGUUACACAAGUGCCUGUUGAAUCUCUUUGUAUCUCAGAAUCUUUAUAAAAGGGGGCAUUUUGCAGAACUAUUGAGCUUCUGGCAGCUUCUUGGCAAAGACAAGAGCUCCAUGGCAGCAGAGUAUUUUAGCUCUCUGAAGCUUUAUGAGAAAAGCUGCGAGAGAGAGGAAAGCAUGAUCUCUCUGGCUGAUCUUUAUGAGACUCUGGGGCGAUUUCUUAAAGACCUAGGUCUUCUCAGUCAGGCUAUUGCUCCUUUGCAGCGCUCCCUGGAGAUUCGAGAGACUGCCCUCGAUCCGGAUCAUCCCAGAGUAGCCCAGUCACUCCAUCAAUUGGCCGGUGUUUAUGUGCAAUGGAAGAAGUUUGGUAAUGCUGAGCAGCUGUAUAAGCAGGCACUUGAAAUCUCUGAAAAUGCUUAUGGGACUGAACACCUCAGGGUUGCUCGUGAGCUUGAUGCUCUUGCAGUGUUGUAUCAGAAACAGAACAAAUAUGAACAAGCUGAACAUCUAAGGAAAAAAUCCUUAAAAAUUCAACAAAAAGCUGUGAGACGUAAAGGUAGCCUGUAUGGAUUUGCUCUUCUUCGCCAACGAGCCCUGCAGUUAGAGGAGCUCACUUUGGGUAAAGAUACAUCUGAUAAUGCUCGAACGCUUAAUGAGCUUGGAGUUCUCUACUACCUUCAAAAUAAUCUUGAGACAGCAGAGCUUUUUCUGAAACGCUCCCUGGAAAUGAGAGAACGGGUUCUUGGGCCUGACCACCCAGAUUGUGCCCAGUCUUUGAAUAAUCUAGCUGCCCUCAACAAUGAGAAGAAGAACUAUGACAAGGCAGAGGAGUUAUAUGAAAGAGCACUGAACAUCAGGAAGAGAGCACUGGCCCCUGACCACCCGUCUCUGGCUUACACUGUGAAACACCUUGCUGUGCUCUACAAGAAGCUGGGAAAGCUUGACAAAGCUGUGCCUCUGUAUGAGUUGGCGGUUGAAAUCAGGCAGAAAUCUUUUGGUCCAAAGCACCCAAGUGUGGCGACUGCUUUAGUAAACUUGGCAGUUCUUUAUUGUCAAAUGAAAAAACACUCUGAAGCCUUGCCUCUUUAUGAACGUGCACUGAAAAUUUAUGAAGACAGCUUUGGGCGUAUGCACCCUCGUGUAGGAGAAACAUUAAAGAAUUUGGCUGUGCUUAGCUACGAGGGAGGAGACUUUGAGAAGGCUGCCGAACUCUACAAGCGAGCCAUGGAAAUCAAAGAAGCAGAGACUUUGUUGAUGGGUGGCAAGGCUACUUCCCGUCAUUCAUCAAGUGGAGACACACUCAGUUUGAAGAGUGCAUUUUCUCCCAAUGUUUGUUUGCAACAUGGACAAAGGUGAUGAACAGUAGCAUGUGGAUACGUUUAAGCUACAAAGAAAUAAGGCAUAGUCUUCAGAGACAGUAAAAAGGGAAUGCCGUAUUGAACAAGAGGAGGAGAAUGGCAGUGUCCAGAACACUUAAUUUUUUUUUAGUAUUGCUGAAUAUUGUGUGGACCUUUUCACACAGUUCAAACGUAGUGUUAGUUAUACUGACACUCUGGUCGUGCACAGAGUAUGUGGAUUUAAGUCCCAGUUAAGGACUGGGACAUUGUUUACAGACUUCUAUAAUGCCUCAGAAGUUUUAGCUUUCAACUGUAAUGUAUAACUAGGUAUAGUUAUUUCACGUUAGUAUGCAUCUGCACUGUAAGACAGAUAUGGUGUUAUUUUCUACCUCUUUCAGAAGCAAUUUGAACGGUUGUAAAUAAUAUUCAGUAAACAUUGACCCAAAAAGAGAUUAAUACCUUUUUCUUACUUCUUGACCAUCAAAUCAUAACCCUUUGAGACUUGCACAAGCAGAUUGGAAGAUUGGUGGGAGGCUGGUGUUGAGGAAUAUUUUAAAAAAUGGUACAGUAAUAUGAAACCUGUUGUAAUUUGAUAAGAAAUGUAGAAUUUAGUUUUUGAAAUGGAAAAUGUAUUUUAUAUUUUACAAAGACUGCAUUCAUAUAUGACAUUAUCUAAAAACAACUUUGGCCUCAUCUAUUCACCCUCCCCCCCAGCACAGGCUGAAGGAAAUGCGAACACUGUACUCACUGUGAAGUUACUUCUGAUUUGGUAUAUGGAGCUUUCCAAGGUGGCUCAUCUCCCUCUACUUACUCAGACUUGGAACCAUGUGACUUAGUACAAAAAACUAAUCCCUCUCCUAGAAAACACCUCUCCAGUUUUGUCCUGACAGACCGGAGCAGGAAGAAACCUACAAUAUUAGUAAGAAUAAAGAAAAUGGUAUUGCAUGAGCAACAACCCAUGUAGUGAUGCUUGUAACAGAAGUGCUUGGCUUCUCACAUUGUAGACAUUGAAAACUCUCUGUUCCUGGAAUAUCUUCACACACCAAAACGAGAGGAAGGAGGUAGGAAUCUAAAAUGGGAUUUGUAAAAGCUGUGUUGAAUCCUGGGUGGACAAGUGGUGCCCUCCUCAUGAAAACUGCCUGUACAAUGGCAUGGAUGUUGAGCUAGAAGUAUCAAACGAACUUGCUUGCUUAGGAGACUUUCCAGCAAGAAAAAGAUGGAAAGAAGGCCCAGACUAAGUAGUAAAGAUAGAUGUACAGGAUUUAGUAACUGUUUUGAGCGAAAGCAGGGAGGAGCUUCCUGUUUGGUGCAAACAACUGCUGCAUGCUUCCCUGCCUUCUGAACAAGGGGUAGGAGGAGAUAACACACCUUUAGUAUCUCCCACACCAAACAAACUGGAAACUUCCACUUCUUCUUAAACUAACUGUCUGUACCCAAACUGUCAUUAGUCUUAUGAUUUACAGAGAAAAGACAACUUCUGCUGGGUUUUAUGAAGUUAACCAUGGCAAGCUUAACUGGAGACACAACACUAAAUUGAAAGUGGAAGUGAACGUUUCUGAACUCAGUGCAGCCAUGCCAGAAGAGUGUGCAAGCCCAAUGCUUAUUCAUGCUAUUCUAAACCAGUUUAAUGCUAUAUAUGAACCAUGCCUCAGACUUUGUUACAUAUAUAGGUCACUUGAGUAAUGUCUUUUCCUAUUGCCGUUGUUUUUAAUGCCAAUCUAUAUUUGAAGCCUUUCAUUACCUCAGCAGCAAAUAGCUGAAGAAAAAGUUUGACUUCUGUGACGAAAUUCUUCUGUAAACUAAACUUUAUGCCAGUUUUGAAAUU